AUAAAGCCUUGCUUGACGCAUGCGUUCGUCAGCCGGUGCGCGUGUGCGUGCGUGGCACUGUUUUGGUCAGAAGCUCUUUUAUAUAAAGCAGCAAACAUUGGGAGAUUAACUGAAUUCUAACUUGUAAACAGUAAUCGACUUCUAGCGAUAUCAGUAUUAUUUUGACUUCCAUGUUCUAGCGAGCUCUUGAGUUUACAUUUGACAUAAAAGAAUCUGUAUACAAAGACUGUGUCAGCGUAUAUCUAGAAACACCAAAGAACUAGAUCUGAUUAAUUCUUGUUCAACUCUGAAAGAAAGCUUAGAUCUAGUACUUACCGUAGCCAACCAGCCGUCAAAUUCAAGUUGAGAUUACGCUAUGGCUCCAACAAUGGUUCAGGUCGACUCUCAAUCUAGGGGAACCAUGGACCGCGUCCCUGUGAGCUCAGCGCCUCUGAAGUCCAAUGUGGUCUCACCACGUGACCCUGUGGACAUCUUCAUUUCACUGGACGAUGACAACAGCUGCGAGACGUACUUCUGCAGCCGUGACACCUGCCCAUCGGUCAGGUCUGUUCUCCCAGAAGCGUCAGAAGUCUUUAGGGAAGCCCUUGAUAAACUGAAACUUGAGACUUCCGACAGUGACAACAAAUCAAGUGAAAAGAACCAAGCCAAGUCACAAUCAGCGUCUGUGUCCUCCUCUAGCAGCUCCAAAGUCAAGUCCUCCAGUCCAGUCAAGUCCUCCUUCUUCCCAAACAUCCUCCCAUCCUUCAUGUCCUCCAAAUCAUCCGAAGCAUCCGGCAACAAGCUGCUCAAGCCAAAUAAGGCUUCUGGUUCUCGGCGCCCGGCUUCCUUCGGGGGCGCUGACUUGGUAAAGCCAAGAACGGCCAGGAGAGCUAGCCACUGCGACAAACGAGUAAGUUGGGCCGACGAGAAAGGCUCCGACCGUCAGCUGAUCUCAGUUCGACUGAUUCGUCCCCGGAUCUCUGCCGACAUAAACCUUGCCAUCAAUUCACCCCCCGGUCAAUCAAUCCUUCGUAACACUGGCACGUAAGCGGCUUCACGAGUACGUUACAAUCAACAUCCACAGUUAUCAACAAAUUCCUUGAGCAUCCUUAAACCCAUUUAAUGGAAGCUAAUUUCUUGAUGUCAGCUACUUGAAGAUAACGCUCAAGACAUUCCUUGCUGCGCUCCAAUUCCCACACCAGUGGAUACCAAGUGGAAGAGUCUGGAAGGUAUCUUGGGGAUAACUUUGUUUUCAACUAAGAUGGUGCCGUCAGGGAUGCUAGUGAGAGUUAUGAUGACAUUUAUUUCAGUGCUUACAGAGACAAUGAUUUUACGAUACUUGAAAGUUAAAGCUACACACGCUGAUAAUUCUAAUGAAAACAAAGACGCUUGCUUUCAAAGAAGAUUGCGUUGAUGUCGAAAGAAUCUUUCAGCAUGACACCUAAUGGACAAAGUUUUUCUGUUUUUCUGUGCCUCUAUGAGCUUCGAAUCAAAAACGUGUUGUUCACGCUAUGACAUGCCAACUUGUUGUUUUGUAUUGACAUUCACGUGAUGACAUUGUGUAAAUAAUUAUUUCAAAUUUUUCGUCAAAAUGUUGUUGUUACAAGCCAUUGCACCCUUGAACUCAUGUUGUUAUUGAAAUAAAACCAUUAACAAAAAG